AUGUUGUCCAACGCCUGGACGUACACACCGGAAGACGCACUCGCAUACUAUGGUACGAACGCAGAGACAGGUCUGACAGAGGAACAAGUCAAGAGGAAUAGAGAAGCUUAUGGAGAAAACACUCUGCCCGAGUCACCACCCACGUCUCUAUUCAAGCUCAUUCUCGCUCAAUUCAAAGAUCAACUAGUCCUCAUCCUCCUUGGUUCAGCGGUCGUAUCAUUUAUCCUUGCUCUUUUCGAAGAUGUAUCUGAACCUGGUGGAUCAUGGUUAACCGCCUUUGUGGAACCAUCCGUUAUAUUGUUGAUCUUGAUUGCGAACGCCACAGUCGGUGUUGUACAGGAAACCAAUGCUGAGAAGGCUAUCGAUGCUCUGAAAGAGUAUUCACCCGAUGAAGCGUCUGUCGUUCGUUCAGGACGUCUAGCCAAAGUCCCCGCUUCAGCUCUUGUUCCUGGAGACAUCAUCUCAAUUCACGUUGGUGACCGAAUCCCAGCAGAUUGUCGAAUCAUCUCCUUCUCUUCAUCAUCUUUCAGAGUCGAUCAAGCUAUGUUAACCGGUGAAUCAAUGUCUGUCGGUAAGACCGAGGGUGCCGUGAAAGACCAGGGUGCCGUUAAACAAGAUAUGGUCAACAUGCUGUUCUCAGGAACAACAGUAGUGAACGGUGCUGCUAAAGCUAUUGUUGCUCUUACCGGAUCAAGAACUGCUAUCGGUGCUAUACAUUCUAGUAUAUCAAAAGAUGAUGAGGAAGAGGAAAAAACUCCUUUGAAGAGGAAAUUAGAUGAUUUCGGAGAUCAACUUGCCAAAGUUAUCUCUGUGAUUUGUAUUCUCGUUUGGCUCGUUAAUAUUCGUCACUUCAAUGAUCCAAGUCAUCACGGUUGGCUCGGUGGAGCUAUCUACUAUCUUAAGAUCGCCGUUGCUCUCGCUGUCGCUGCCAUCCCAGAAGGUCUUGCAGCUGUCAUCACCGCAUGUCUCGCUUUAGGUACAAAGAAAAUGGCUAAGAGAGGUGCUAUCGUUAGAAAUUUGCCUAGUGUGGAAACUUUAGGUUGUACGAAUGUCAUUUGCUCAGAUAAGACUGGUACUCUCACUACCAACCAAAUGAGUGUCGCCCGGUUCUUGACCUGUGACGGUUCCGGAUUUGCUGAAUACCAAGUUGGCGGUACAACUUUUGCUCCUACCGGUUUCAUAAGUACUCUCGAUGGUCAACAUGCUGAGAAGACAGCUGUCCGAACUCCCCCAGUCAACAAGCUUGUGGAGAUCAGCGCGAUCUGUAACGAUGCCAAGAUUGCUUACAAUUCCGAAACCGAUAUUUAUACCAACGUUGGUGAACCCACCGAAGCUGCUUUGAAAGUGCUGGUAGAAAAGCUUGCUUCUGACUCUGAUUCUUUCAAUGCUGGUCUUGCCAAUCUCGGACCCCAGGCUCGAGCUACCGCUGUUAACGAUCAUUACGAGACUCGUGUCAAGAGAGUCUUGACAUUCGAAUUCACCCGUGAUCGAAAAUCUAUGUCUGUUCUUGCUCAAUCGCCGUACGGAACUUCGCUUUUCGUCAAAGGUGCACCCGAAUCAGUCCUCGAAAGAUGCAGCAAAGUCAUUCUCCCCACAGGAGUGUCUGAACUCACGUCCGACCUACGAGCCGAGCUUGCGCGAAAACAACUUGAAUACGGCCACAAAGGUUUACGAACACUCGCUCUCGCUUAUGUUGAUGAGUCUGAUGGAGAUGUAUCUCACUACAAGACCAAUUCAUCUGAAGAUUACGUCAAAUUCGAACAGGAUAUGACUUUUGUUGGAUUAGUCGGUAUGCUUGAUCCUCCUCGACCUGAAGUCAAAGAUGCUAUCGCCAAAUGUAAGACUGCUGGAAUCAGGACCAUCGUCAUCACUGGAGACAACAAGAACACCGCCGAGACAAUCUGUCGGGAAAUUGGUGUUUUCGGUAAAGAUGAAGAUUUGACUGGUAAAUCUUACACUGGACGAGAAUUGGAUGCUCUGUCACAUGAAGAGAAAAUCGCUGCUGUGCAACGAGCUUCCUUAUUUUCCCGAACUGAACCUACACAUAAAUCACAAUUGGUCGACUUACUUCAAGGUCUAGGUUUAGUUGUCGCUAUGACAGGUGAUGGUGUCAACGAUGCCCCGGCAUUGAAAAAGGCGGAUAUCGGUAUUGCAAUGGGAUCAGGAACAGAUGUAGCUAAACUUGCUGCUGAUAUGGUAUUGGCAACUGAUAAUUUCGCCACCAUUGAAAAAGCUGUCGAAGAAGGAAGAGCAAUUUAUAAUAACACAAAACAGUUCAUUCGAUAUCUCAUUUCUUCCAACAUCGGUGAAGUCGUUUCAAUCUUCUUGACUGUCUUACUUGGUAUGCCAGAAGCUUUAAUCCCUGUGCAAUUGCUUUGGGUCAAUCUCAUCACAGAUGGUCUACCUGCUACUGCUCUUGGAUUCAACCCUCCCGAUCAUCAAAUCAUGAAGACUCCACCAAGAUCGGCCAGUGAACCAUUAGUUGGAGGCUGGUUAUUCUUCAGAUAUAUGGUAGUCGGUACAUAUGUCGGCGCGGCUACAGUCUUCGGUUAUGCGUGGUGGUUUAUGUUUUACACUGGUGGUCCUCAAAUCAGCUUCCACGAAUUGACUCACUUCCAUCAAUGCUCAAAUACAUUCUCUCAUCUUGAUUGUUCAAUGUUCACAGGAUUACCUUCAAUGAGAGCUACAACAGUCUCGUUGUCCAUCUUGGUAGUCAUCGAGAUGUUUAAUGCCUGUAAUUCACUUUCAGAGAACGAAUCAUUAUUUGUAUUACCCAUUUGGACAAAUCCAUACCUCGUCGCUUCAAUCGCUCUAUCCAUGGCACUGCAUUUCAUGAUCCUCUACGUACCAUUUUUCAGAACAAUGUUCAGAAUCACAGCUCUGAAUAAAGAAGAAUGGAUUGCUGUCUUAGUCAUUUCAGCUCCUGUAAUCGUCAUUGAUGAAAUUCUAAAAUGGAUUUCAAUGAGAAGGAAUGUAAAUAAGGUUAAGAAGGAUUAA